AGGGAGUUUUACAGGUCCACUACAGGAAAAUAAUGUGAGUCAUUGUUACUACAGCCUACUUUUUGAGAAGUGCAGGCUAAAAGCCAGUGGGAGCUAGCACAUACACGCCAAUGCCGAGCCGACAAAGUUUGUGGACAGCGUCUGCUCUCGUGGCUGCAGCUGGUGUGGCUGUCAUUUAUUUCAUUCCGUCACCGAUUGACCCGGACCCCGUGAGUUUAGGGGACUCACUUCCUCGCCUAGAAGGUCCACUCUCUGUGAACACCCACUUGCAGAGGUUGGAGAAACUGUUCGAAGGACAGAUCAUUGGCCCGGAGUCUUUUGCGGCAGGGAGCGACGGUGAGGAACGUUAUCACAAUAAAUAUUAUUUCUAUGUGAUAGGGUCUUACGAACUAGAACCAGAAUGUGGACGGCCCAAAGGAAUGAAAGUGGACAGCUCUGGAAGACUGGUCGUAGCUGAUGCCUACAAUGGGAUAUUGCGCAUUGAUGUUGACAGCGGCGAAACAGAAGUUUUGGUGGACAGAUUCAACGGAUCUCGAUUUCUGUUUCUGAAUGCUCUUGAUAUUGCAUCGGAUGGAACCAUCUACUUCUCUGACUCCAGCACAAAAUGGGAACGUAGAGACUACAGAUACGAGGUUAUUGAAACAAAUAAGCUGGGCCGAGUGCUGGCACUGUCACCGCAAUCGAAAGAAGUGAGAAUUGUUCAAGAUGGCCUGUAUUUGCCGAACGGACUGAGUCUAUCUGAGGACGAAAACUUCCUGCUGGUUGCUGAGAUGAGUGUGUCCAGAAUUUCGAGAUCGUUCCAGCUUCUCUGUUCGACGUGUUUCUUCCCAAACAUGCUAUGCUGCUGGAAAUGGACGAGGAGGGCAAUAUUGUUACCUCCCACCACGAUCCUGGGGCUUUGGUUGUUAGAGCAGUCAGCGAAGCCUUUGAGCACAGCGGCAAGAUUUACAUAGGGCAUUUCAAGAUACCAUACAUUGGUGUUAUCAAGAAAUCCAUUUUCGUCUCGGAAUAGAGGCUUUUGUCAAAUACAAUCGUCAUUCUCGUCAUCAACAUAAACACAAUCAUUCAUCGUUGUCAUCACCAUCAUCAUCA